AUGUCUCCAAGGUCCUCGGCACUGCUGUUGUACAGAGGUCUCAGUUGCAAUCCGACGACUCGCCCGAUUCUGCUGCCACGCAUCACGAUUCUGACCCCCUUUCGCUAUCCACCUUUCCCCCGCUCGCUUUCGCAUCCCACCCACCCUCUUACCGCCGCCAUUCAACCCUCCAUCCCAGCCAUGCCGCAAGUCGAGUGCAUAACAGAACGUCUGGAGAAGCCGGAGCUCGAUGAUCGGUCCUACCGUGUGAUUCGGCUGCCGAACCAGCUGGAGGCUCUUCUGGUUCAUGACCCAGACACCGACAAGGCCAGCGCCGCCGUCAACGUCAAUGUGGGGAACUUUUCCGAUGAAAAUGACAUGCCCGGUAUGGCGCACGCCGUUGAGCACCUGCUCUUCAUGGGAACCAAGAAGUAUCCCAAGGAAAAUGCCUACAACCAGUACCUCGCCUCCCAUUCGGGAUCUUCCAACGCCUACACCGCUGCCACCGAGACAAAUUACUUUUUCGAGGUGUCCGCCACCGGAGAUUCGAGUAGCGCAAAGUCCAGCGGGGUAAACACUCCCGCGGAAUCCACGAAUGGUACCAACGGCGUCGUCAGUGAGUCGUCGAGUGAGAAAUCCGACUCCCGAUCCCCGCUGUAUGGCGCAUUGGAUCGCUUUGCCCAGUUCUUUGUGUCUCCGUUGUUCCUAGAGUCGACCCUAGACCGUGAACUGCGGGCGGUCGAUUCAGAGAACAAGAAGAAUCUCCAGAGUGAUAUGUGGCGGUUGAUGCAGCUGAACAAGUCUCUCUCCAACCCUGCACACCCAUACAGCCACUUUUCGACCGGUAAUCUGCAGACUCUGAAAGAUGAUCCGCAGAAACGCGGUCUGGAAGUCCGCAGUAAGUUUAUCGAAUUCUAUGAACAACAUUACUCUGCCAACCGGGCCAAACUGGUGGUUUUGGGUCGGGAGACGCUGGACGUAUUGGAACAAUGGGUUUGCGAGUUGUUCAGCGGCGUGGAAAACAAGAAUCUUACCCAGAAUCGCUGGGAUGGCGUCCAGCCGUUUUCAGAGGAAGAUAUGUGCACACAAGUCUUUGCCAAACCCGUUAUGGACACUCGCUCGAUGGACAUGUAUUUCCCGUUUCUGGAUGAGGAGGAUAUGAACGACUCCCAGCCCAGUCGGUAUAUUGGUCAUCUAAUCGGUCAUGAGGGACCAGGCAGUGUUCUAUCAUACCUCAAGACCAAGGGAUGGGCGAAUGGCUUGUCCGCUGGCGCGAUGCCGAUCUGUCCUGGAUCGGCAUUUUUCACCGUCUCGGUGCGCCUGACGCCCGAGGGUCUGAAGCAGUAUCAAGAAGUGGCCAAGGUUGUCUUUGAGUAUAUUUCCAUGAUCAAGGAGCGCGAGCCGGAGCAAUGGAUCUUUGACGAAAUGAAGAACCUGGCUGAAGUUGAUUUCCGCUUCAAGCAGAAGACCCCGGCUAGUCGGUUCACCAGUCAGUUGAGCAGUGUCAUGCAGAAGCCGCUGCGUCGUGAGUGGCUACUGAGUGGCUCGCUGUUGCGGCGCUUCGAUCCCACUUUGAUCAAGAAAGCUCUGUCCUAUCUCCGGGCAGACAAUUUCCGCCUUAUUAUUGUGUCUCAGGAGUUCCCUGGAACUUGGGAUCAGAAGGAGAAGUGGUACGGCACAGAAUACAAGGUUGAAAAGAUUCCUCAGGACUUUUUGAGUGGAAUUCAAAAGGCCCUGGAAUCGACCGCGGCUUCUCGUACGUCCGACGUGCACAUGCCACACCCGAACGAGUUCGUGCCAACUCGACUGUCGGUCGAGAAGAAGGAGGUCGAGGAGCCGGCCAAGACCCCGAAGAUGAUUCGUCAUGACGAACGAGUCCGCCUGUGGUUUAAGAAGGAUGACCGGUUCUGGGUUCCCAAGGGUACGAUAGAUGUUACGCUGCGGAACCCUCAGGUGUGGGCCACGCCGGCCAACCUGAUCAAGACGAAGCUCUAUUGUGAGCUGGUGAGGGACUCUCUGGAUGAGUACUCCUACGAUGCCGAGCUCGCCGGCUUGGACUACCACCUAUCUGCCAAUAUUCUGGGACUUGACUUUUCUGUGGGCGGGUACAAUGACAAGAUGUCUGUGCUGCUGGAUAAGGUGCUGUCUACCAUGCGUGACCUGGUGGUCAAAGAGGAACGGUUCGCCAUCAUCAAAGAGCGGUUGGCGCGGGCGUUCCGGAAUACCGAGUACCAACAGCCUUACUACCAGGUCGGCGACUAUACUCGGUAUCUGCUGUCUGAACGGGGUUGGAUCAAUGAGCAGUAUAUCGAAGAGCUGGAGCACAUUGAAGCAGAUGACAUCACCAAGUUCUACCCGCAGCUGCUUGAACAGACACACAUCGAGGCCUUGGUCCAUGGCAACCUUUACAAGGAGGAUGCGCUACGCAUGACGGACACGAUUGAGAAGACGUUGAAGGGACGUCCUCUUCCGCCCUCACAGUGGUAUCUGCGGCGCAACAUGGUUUUCCCGCCUGGCAGUAACUACGUGUACCCGCGGACCCUGAAGGACCCGGCGAACGUCAAUCACUGCAUCGAAUACUACUUGUAUAUGGGUCUCUUCACAGACGCCACACUGCGCGCAAAACUGCAGCUGUUUGCGCAAAUGACCGACGAGCCGGCGUUUGAUCAACUGCGGAGCAAGGAACAGCUCGGGUAUGUGGUCUGGAGUGGCGCGCGCUUCAAUGCGACGACCAUGGGUUACCGUGUGAUUAUCCAGAGCGAACGCACCGCACAGUACCUGGAGACACGCAUCGAUUCGUUUCUGCGCGAAUUCGGUCCGAUUCUGGAGGCGAUGCCCGAGGAUGAGUUCGAGGGCCACAAGCGCAGCGUGGUCAACAAGCGUCUCGAGAAACUCAAGAACCUCGGUUCGGAGACGACUCGGUUCUGGUCGCACAUUGGGUCGGAAUACUUUGAUUUCUUGCAACAUGAGAUCGACGCGGCCAAUGUGCGCACGCUCACCAAAGCCGACCUGGUCUCUUUCUACCGGCAGUACAUCGACCCGUCAUCCUCGCAGCGGGCCAAGCUUUCUAUUCACAUGAAUGCGCAGUCUGGUGCCCACGAGAACACUUCUGGGCCCGCUGAGAAACGAUCUCACCUGGUCGAGGCGGUGGACAAACAGCUGGAAGCCGCCGGACUUGCCGUGGGCGCUGGUCGACUCGGCACGGCGUUCGAGCAGCUGGACAUGUCGACUCUGGACAGCUCGCAGGUAAUAUCUUUGGUCAAGAUAUUCUUGGCUACGGAGGCGAGCCUGUCAACGGAGCAGAUCGCGUCGGCGGUUGACCGUCUGGAGCAGAAUCUGGGUCUGCAGUUGAAACAACUGGGCCUGGAUCUGUCUUCUUCCACGCCUAAUGGCGAUGCGGCUUCUACAGAGGCGGUUGUUAUCACAGACGUGCCUACAUUCAAAGCCCGACUGCCGGUGAGUACAGGGCCGGUAGCAAUGUCGGAACUGAGCGAGUUUGAGGAUUUUGAUGCGAAGCUGUGA